AUGGUGCUGAAAGAAGACUUGAAUGCCGAAGAUGAUGUAGAAGGCAUGGUGCUGAAUUUGCCUCCACAUAAAGAAAACUUGAAUGCCGAAGCCUUCUCAAAUAUGAAAAAUCUAAGGUUGCUUAAAAUUUCAAAUGUGCACCUUCCUACCGGCCUCAAUUUUCUUUCUAAUAAAUUAAGAAUGAUGGAAUGGCAUGAUUAUCCUUUGAAAUUCCUGCCAAUGAGCUUUCAACCGGACAAUCUUGUUGAACUCAUCAUGCCUCGCAGCCACAUCAAGCAAUUACCAGUGGGAUUUAGUAAAUUGACCAAGUUAAGUCUCCUGGAUCUUAGCGACUCUAAAGUCUUAGUCAAGACUCCUAACUUCAUCGGAUGCCCAGAUCUGGAGAGGCUGAUUUUUCAAGGCUGUACAAGUUUGUAUGAACUUCACCCAUCUGUUGGAGCUCUCAAAAAGCUUACUUUGUUAAAUCUGAAAGAUUGCAGAAGUCUUGCUGGCCUCCCUUGCGAAAUAAACUUGAAAUCUCUUGAAAUUUUUAUUCUAUCUGGCUGUUCAAGUCUCAAGAAGUUUUCAGAGAUUGGAAAAAAAAUGACACGCUUGUCAGAGCUGUAUUUAGAUGGGACUGCUGUGGAAGAAUUGCCAUCAUCACUCAAGCGUUUGACUGGCUUGACGGUCUUGACUCUUCAAGGUUGCAAAAACCUUUCAAGUUUUCCAAAUAAUGUCAAUUUGCCGUCUCUGAAAACUCUCAAUCUAUCGGGAUGUAAGGUUCAACCACCUAAAUCCCGGCUUAUUUCGCACGGAUUCUCCCUCAUCCGUGCUGCACAUGUUUUUUUCCAAGGUUUCUUCCCUAUCCGAGAGGCCAUCAACCUGUUGUUGCCUAGGUUAAGAUUUAUUGUAUCUCUAAAUCUAGCUGACCGCAAUUUAUGGGACGGAGGACUCCCGGAUGAUCUUAGUGGCUUAUCCUCGUUGCAGGAACUGGAUAUGAGCAAAAACAACCUUACACGCCUGCCCGACAGUAUUUCUCAGCUUUCUAAGCUUCACUCUCUUACGUUGAAUGAUUGUAGCAGGCUUCAAUCAUUGCCAAAUCUUCCGUUAAGUGUAGGGUUUGUAACAGCACGAAGAUGUCCUUUAUUGGAAAAGUAUUCAAAUCAGUUUGCUGUAUGGACUUCGGGUGAAACAGGGUUCACUCUGGUUGAUUGUGACAAGGCUGAGGGCCUAACUACACCCAUCCCGAUUCCGUGCUUACCAUACAAUGACCUCGAUCCAUUGUUUGAAAGAUUUGUGGAGGGUAUUAUUCAUCAAAAUUGUAACUAUCAACAUUUGUCAAAUUCAACUGAAACUCCAGAGUGGUUCAGCCAUCAGAGCCCUGGGUCAUCUGUAACAAUCCCGCUACCUUCUAAUCUGCAUGGUGAUAGUAAUUGGAUAGGGAUUGCUUUGUUUACUAGAGUUGUAAUCCUUGAAAAUUUGAACAACGUUUCUUCUGAUGGUGAGGAUGAAGUUUCUAUUGACUUUAUUUGUAGAUCAGACAUAAUUGAAGGUCCAUGUAUAAGUUGUCCUCUCGUAAACUUCUCCAAAGCGCUACCUGGACCCUUAUUCCAUGCUAGCUCAUAUGGAUUGAAGGUAAUUAUUCCAGCCGGGAAACUUAGAGACCAUUUAAAGGAUUGCAGUUGCCUUAGUGCUUUUAUUAGGAAGAAGUGCACUUAUAUCGAGAUCGAAACUUGUGGUGCGCGUGUACUGUACAAGCAAGAUCUGGUAAAGUUUAUACGAGCUAGUGGCAAGAUGAAGCAAAGAUCCAAAUGCUACCUUGAUGAUAAGGUGGAAUGUUCUAAGUUGUGUCAGGUCUCCUCCUAUUCUUCACUUAACAUCAUAUUUCUGAAGUAA